AUGAAGGGUCGACAAAUAAUCCGUGCAAACGCUCUCCCUCACUGGCAAAUCUUUGGCUACGUGGAGCUGGUCUCGGGUGGGCUUCAGCCCGGAGGGUUCAAUUAUUCAAUCCCACGUGGAGCCCACGCUGUGAAACUAGGAGGCCUUGCAAUAAUCUCUCAAGAAGUUAAAGUGAAGCGUGGUGUGGUCUACUCUUUAACGGUUGGGGUCACGAGGAGUUGCGCUGGGGACAAGAAAAUUAUAGUCUCUGUGUCUGGUCGGUCUGGAAAGAUUCCCAUCGAGACCAUCUUUAGCUCAGACGCUGGGGAUAGUUACGCUUGGGCUUUCACGGCAAUGUCCGAUGUGGUUAGAGUCACUCUCCAAAACCUUGAUCUUCAUCUUCAUCUGGACCGUACGUGUGGACCCCUUGUAAAUGUUGUCGCCAUCAAAGAAAUUAUUCCUCUCCCGAGUGUGAACUUACCUAUCAGAGAAGAAUGGGCCAAACCAAACAGGGUGCAAAACGGAAGAUUCGAUAUCGGUCCAUACGUGUUCGCUAAAUACUCUACCGGAGUCCUGAUUCCGGCAAAGGGCCAAGAAGAUUUCAUCUCUCCGCUAUCUCCGCUUCCAAACUGGUUCGUCGAGUCCCCGAAACCGGUGAAAUAUAUCACUAAUAGUAAUUUUGAGCUUCGAAUUCAAACUAGACUCCCUGCCGUCGAGCUCAUUGCCGGAAAAGAAAGCGCAAUCUCUCAGCUCAUCCCUACACACGCCGGGCACGCAUACUUCCUCAGUUUCAUGGCAGGAGACGCACACAACGAAUGCCACGGGUCGAUGAUGGUAAAGGCGUUUGCGGGAAAACAAUCUUUUAAUGUUUCUUUCGUGUCUAAAGGUAAGGGAAGUUUCAAAGCCAGGGCUUUUAGGUUUGUUGCCGUUUCCGAGCGUACCAAGUUAACUUUCUACAGUGUGUUUAAUCAUACUAGGCUUCAUGACUCGGGCGAUCUUUGUGGCCCUGUUCUUGAUAAUGUUGUCGUAAUCCCUGCUUAUUUUUGA